CGUGUCAUUCUAUAAGCGAAAUGUCAGUUUGACAGAUAUGUGUAGAUGUUGAUAAAAAUGUUGGUUCCCAGAUUUUAAAAGAAAAGAUUUGUGUAUUGUAAUAAUUAAAUCAAUUGAUAUAAUUUACUAAUGAAUGAGAAGCUAUUCGCGAUCUAAAAUGACGACCUUACGAGAACGACAGUUAAAUGCUCUAAAGCAAAUGCUCAAUUUAAACCAGCCGCUAACUAAAAACACGGCAAACGAGCCAGUUUGGAAAGUACUGAUAUACGACAGAGUUGGCCAAGAUAUUAUUUCUCCACUAGUAUCAAUAAAAGAGCUUCGAGAGUUAGGCGUGACUCUACAUGUACAACUGCAUUCAGACCGCGAUCCAAUACCUGAAGUGCCAGCGGUAUACUUCUGUGCGCCUACUGAGGAAAAUCUUGGCCGUAUAUGUCAAGAUCUUGACAAUGGAGUGUAUGAUCAAUACCACCUCAACUUUGUAUCACCUAUCACAAGACAGAAACUUGAAGAUUUGGCUGCAUCAGCCAUACAGUCCAACUCAGCUGUCAACAUUCACAAAGUUUUUGAUCAAUACUUGAACUUCAUUUGCUUGGAAGAUGACCUUUUUAUUAUGAAACACCAGCAGUCUGAUUCAUUGUCUUAUUAUGCUAUCAACAAAGGUGACACAAAAGACACAGAAAUGGAAGCCAUCAUGGACAAUAUUGUUGAGAGCUUAUUUUCAGUAUUUGUUACAUUAGGUAAUGUCCCAAUAAUAAGAAGCAGUAAAGGCAAUGCUGCAGAGAUGGUAGCGAAAAAGUUGGAUAAAAAAUUACGUGAAAACCUUUGGGAUGCCAGGAACAACCUUUUCCAUGGCAACACUGGACAAACUGCAUCUUUUAGUUUCACAAGACCUAUGCUCAUAUUAUUGGACAGGAACAUUGAUAUGGCCACACCAUUGCAUCACACUUGGACAUAUCAAGCUUUGGCGCAUGACGUACUGGAUCUUUCGUUAAAUAGAGCAGUAGUGCCGGAAAAUACCGGUGUUGUAGUACCAGGUCAAAAAACUAAAACAAGGAUAUGUGAUUUAGAUUCUAAAGACCCUCUUUGGUUGGAACACAAAGGCAGUCCGUUUCCGACCGUCGCCGAAGCUAUUCAAGAGGACCUUGAUAAAUAUAGGAGUUCAGAAGCUGAAGUGAAGAAGUUAAAGAGCUCUAUGGGUCUGGACGCAGACAGUGAUUUGGCUCUGAGCAUGGUGAGCGACAACACGCAGCGACUGACCAACGCGGUCAAUUCCUUGCCACAACUCAUGGAGAAGAAACGGCUUAUAGAUAUGCAUACCACUAUCGCCACCGCAAUCUUAAACGCCAUCAAAUCCAGGCGUUUGGAUUCGUUCUUCGAGUUAGAAGAGAAGAUAAUGAGCAAGAGCAGCAGUGUAGAGAGCAAAGCUGUUAUGGAUCUCAUUACCGACCCCACUGCGGGCACGCCGGAGGACAAAAUGCGCCUGUUCAUUAUAUAUUAUCUGUGCACCGGUCAAAUACCCGAGGAGGAAUAUAAGAAGUUCGAAGCGGCACUGUCCACAGCAGAAUGUGAUAUAAAAGCUAUGUCUUACAUGAAGCGGUGGAAAGGUUUCACUAAAAUGUCUAAUCAAUACGAGGGCGGAGGCACAAAGACUGUGUCGAUGUUUUCUAAACUCGUUUCUCAGGGAUCGUCAUUUGUCAUGGAAGGUGUUAAAAAUUUAGUUGUAAAGAAACAUAAGCUGCCGGUGAGCCGCGCGGUGGAGGGCGCGCUGGCGGGCGGGUGGGGCGGCGGCGGCGAGGCGGGCGCGGAGCUCACGUGGCUCGACCCGCGCGCCGCGCGCACGGACAGCGCGGCGCGUGCGCGCGCCACGCGCCACCCGCCGCCCACCGACGCCGUCGUCUUCCUCGUCGGCGGCGGCAACUACAUCGAGUACCACAACCUCAUCGACUUCGCAAAGCAACAGGCGACCGGCGGCACGAUGAGAAAAAUUAUCUACGGCGCCACCACUCUGCCGAACGCAUCACAGUUUCUGAAACAACUGUCACUCCUCGGAGAAGAAAUUCAAUAAUCAUUCCUACUGACGGAUGUCUAUCGGGUUGUUAAGCCAAUGAAACAUGUCUCUCAACAAGUUGGCAUUUUAUUUACAAUGACAUUGAAAAUAUAGCUAACAUCUAGUAAUCUA